AUGAAUCCACCAAUUUCUAAUCAUCACUGUUUACUUCGUCACGAUCCUGUUACUGCACGUGCCAUUUCUCGUUUAAGUCAUGGAGUUGCUCGUUUAACUGCCAGUCUCAAUAUCAAUAGACAGCAUCGACAUUUUCGUACCAGACAUGCAAAAUCUAAGAAUAGAACAGAAUCAGAAUCCACAUUCGAUGAUCGCCCACCCAUUACAACAGGUUCAAAACGCAAAUGGCAACCAGACAAGAUUGAAUUGGAUACAAUCAUGGAAUUAGAACAUUCUACUACAGCUGUUUACUUGAAACCAUCGGUAAAUUUACCAUCAUCAUCAUCAGCAUCAGCAUCGUCAUCAUCCUCGUCAUCCUCUUUAUUAUUAUCAACAUCUACAACAGCAAACAUAGAAUCAUUACAGCAUGUCUCUUUAUCGAUAGAUGCUUUAAAUUUACAAACUAAACCAUUUUCAUCAUUAAUUUCCUAUACAUCACAUCCGUUAUUGCCUAAAUCAUUAAGUUCCGAUCAUAUUGAAACGAUUGGACGUUAUUCUUCCGGAUCAUCAAUGCUAUCAGUGACUGGAUCAUCAGAUAAUAAUUAUGAUAGUGAUGCUUCUUCAUCACAUGAUGCUGACAUUGAAGAUGCAGAUCAUGGUGAUUUAGUUUAUUUUAAAGGUGGUGGUAGUGGUGGUAGGUCAUUAUUAUCACGUAUAAAUAGACGUAAAUCAUCUGUUCAUGAGAAACAUGCUUAUGAAUUAUGGAGACCAAUGGAUAGUGUGUAUAAUUCUGGUGCAGGUGGUGCGGGUGGUGGUGGUGAUUCAUCUGAUGGUCUGUCAAUAAAUAUCAAAAUUCCACGAUUAUCAUCGAUACAUUUACCGAAUACAACUGGAUUAAAUUGUGAACAUUCAUUGUCUAAGUUAUCAUCAGUUAACUCAUCAUCUAGUUAUCAACAGAUUAAAAGAAAUAUUACUACUAGUAGUAGUAGUAGUAGUAGCAUGCUAGCCUCUUCAUCAUCUGAUACAAAUCAUUGUCACCGUAAUCGUCGUAAUGAGAAAUGUUGUAAAUGUAGACUGCGAAAUGAAAGUGACCCUACCGAUGUUAAUCACAAACAUAGAGAAGUUAUUUGUAAUAAAAAUUCUAUCAAAACUGGUUCACAUUCGUUGUCUAGUAGUAGUAGUAGAAGUAGUAGUAGUUCUUCUUCUACUUCGUCUUCAUUGUCAACCAAAGAAUCAUUCAAUGAAAAAUAUUCCAAAAGUUUUCAUGUCUAUAAACAUCAUCGAUGCGUUGAUGCACUAGUGAAAAAAAAUCCAAUGAAUAUAAUGUCUCAUUGUAAAAAAUCUAAUCCACCUAUGAUUAAAUCAUCAUCAGCAGCAGCAUCAUCAGCUGUCAGAAACGAUCAAAAACAUGAUCAAUCGAAUUUGAUUGAUCCGAACAAAUUAAACUAUCCAUUAACCAAUUUCACUGAUUCCAUUUUGAAUGAAUCAAUUGUUGAUCCGGAAUGGAAGGAUAUAUUACAUACCAAUAAAUCAUCAAGUGGUCAAAUGCCUACACCUCCAUGGAUGAUGACGAUUAGCGAUAAUGAAUCAUCAUUCAGAGAUUCGGAUGAAUUGAAUUCGGAUCAGAGAAAAUUAAAAAAGAACACCACUCCUAAUGCGGACAACAAUCUACGUCCAUGUGUUGAUAAUUGGAAAAUACAAACGUUGUGCAAUGCGAAACCAUUAAAUGAAACUAAUAAAGGUCAUUGUUUAUUACAAAAACUUGGUUGGAAACCUGGUGAUAAAUUAGGCCGAAAUAAUCAAGGUCUAAUCACACCGAUUCAUUGUAUUAAAAACUAA